CCCCUCGGGGCGGACCUGGGACCCACCGUCUCCUCCCCACAGGGACAAAGUUCACUGGGACUCACACUGUUCACCCUGGUUCUUCCCAUUCGAGCCCAGCCCCCCAGCGUGGGAAGACACGCUCCGCCGUUAGGCUACUGCCUGCUCUUUGUUGGGAGCUCCAGGACCGCGGCGUUUCCCCGAGGCUGCGGGACGGCCGCUCGGGGCAAGAUCCAGGCGCCCUCCCGCUCGAGGUCCGGAGCCGCCGGGGCCGGACACCCAGCGCCGGGCUCGGAGGUCUGGCCCGCCAGGCCCCGCCCCGGGCACGCCCACACCACGUCCCUCCCUUCGCUAGGCCCCGCCCAUAGACCGGACCCCGUCCGGAAGUCCUUGGGGUCUGGCCCUCGAUCCCGGAAGUCCCGGUCGCCCCACAACUCCGGGCGGCAGCGCGGCACCGCCUUCGUUCCCGGAAGUUCCUGCGACAAGGGUCCACCGGCCGUGCCCUCGCGGGUUCGCAUCCCUCCUCGGCCGUGCAGGUGCAGACCGAGCGGCUGCCGGGUCGGAGGCCGCGCGUGCAGCCCGCGGCCCGCGAUGUACAUGCGCGUGGAGGCCCGCACCAGCUCCCGCCUCCAUCUGAAGAGGGCGCCGGGCCUCCGGUCCUGGUCGCUGCUGCUCGGAAUCUUAUCCACGGGCCUUGCGGCAGCCUACUACAGUGGAGAUAGUCUGGGAUGGAAGCUCUUCUAUGUCACAGGCUGCCUGUUUGUAGCUGUGCAGAACCUGGAGGACUGGGAGGAAGCCAUCUUUAACAAGAGCACUGGUAAAGUCAUCUUGAAAACGUUCAGCCUGUACCAAAAGCUGCUGACCCUCCUCAGAGCAGGCCAGGACCAAGUGGUGGUUCAGCUGAAGGACAUCCGUGACGUGAACGUGGAGGAGGAGAAGGUCCGGUACUUUGGGAAGGGCUACAUGGUGGUGCUCCGGUUUGCCACAGGCUUUUCCCACCCCCUCACCCAGUCCGCGGUCCUGGGCCACCGUAGCGAUGUAGAAGCCAUUGCCAGGCUCAUCACCGGCUUCCUGGAGCUGCACCGGCUGGAAAGCCCCUCAGAGCGGUCUCAGAGUAGCGACAGCGAGGCUGAUGGCCCCAGCAGCCAGAGCUGACAGUUGGGCAGUCAUUGCUGACUGACCCGCCACGGGCUGCGGGCAGAGCUGAUGUAUCCCUAGGCCGCCCUGGGCAACUCCCUGCCUCUUGCCUAUUCAUACUGCCUGCUGCCUCGAUUCUGAGCACAAGUCCGGACUAGAUCUCCAUGGCCCAGGCAGGCCUGGCAUGUCAUGGUUCAGGAUGCACUGUGGGCUGGACUUUCUCCACCACUGGGGAUACACUGUAGGCUGGACUUCCUUCAUCACCCGGGAUACACUGGGCUGGACUUCCUCCAUCACCUGGGAUACACUGUGGGCUGGACUUCCUCCAUCACCUGGGAUACACUAUGGGCUGGACUUCCUCCAUCACCCGGGAUACACUGUAGGCUGCACCUCCUCCAUGACCCAGAUGCACAUAGUACAGCCAGAACAGAGCGAGGAGCCACCCAUGGAGCAUGGUACCUGGACUUGCUGUGCUGAGGGUCUAGCUGCAGAUAGAACAGGGCGCCUGCAUUUGUGGGGGGCUCUGGAUAAGUCCAUAUGGUCAGUGGAAAUCUUUGGAUGUCCUGGGUGGACGUCCUCAGUGGGCUUUCCUGCUGGACACAGUGUUUCAGAGGCGGCUUCUCCCCAAGGAUGUCCCCCAUGCUAGGGACACGGAUGUGCUAACUGCAUAGAUGGCUCCUUCGGGGUGCCUGGACUGUGGGUGGUUGUGGGCUGUAGAAGCCCCCCAGCCCCACCUGAAUGAAUGACACCCAUAGACGGGAGCUCUUGUGCAGAAAGCAAGUCUUGGGAAUGAUGGGGCAGCGUGGUACAUGCCUGUGAUCCUAGCACUGGGGGCUGAGAUCCAGAGCUCCUGGUUUGCAUGGUGACAUCCUGUCUUCAAAGCAGUAUACCCAGCUUUAGCGCACUGUCUACUCCUGGACCCUCUGCGGUACAACCUGCAUCCUGAGAGCUGCAGUCCCUGGCCGGCCUCAGGAAGCUUCUAUCCUAGCAUGGCCGGGUAGAACUAGACCCACCCGGACCCAGGGGCCAUGGCUGCCCUGAGAUGGUGCCUGGGUGAACACAGCGUCCUGCCCUGGGAUGCAGCUGCCACCGCCCUGGACCAAAACCAGCCAGUUCUUUCCUUCCUAAAACCAUGUGUGGUUCAGUGGCUGGUCAGGUGCUGGGCACUGUCAGCCCCCGCCCCCGCGCUGCCCCCAGGGCGGGGAGUGGGUUCUGGAGGCGUGAAGCCCUGCAUGGCAGGGCCCUGGUAAAAAGCCUUUCUGUGGAAUACUGCUUGUCUUUAAUUUUAGAAUAAAGCUCAACGUGCAGAUUUUUA